UGAAAAACAAGUAACGAACGCCUCUCCUCCGCCGUCAGGCGGCUUCAGAUCUUCUUCAUUUACACCGAGCACUUCUCCGUGGAUUCACUGUUAGGGUUUUGAUCGUCUCUCUCGCUAAGGUUCAUGCAGUAUUCGGUCGAUUGGUUUCUUUUCUCUUACUUCCCCGCCCGAAUUCUGGAAUUCGGGUUGGAUAGUUAGGUAGAUCUCAGGAGGAGAUCGAGAAAUUAGGUUUACAGGACGAGGAGAGGAGAACAUGUUCUAUGGGACGAGCGUGUGGGAUCCGUGGCGCAUUGUGGCGCAGAUCGUCUGCCUUCAGUGCCUCUACUAUCUCACGCUUGGCUUCUUCAUGGUCCUCCUUGUUGGUACGCGGGUGUCGCGGAUGAGCCUCAUGUACUUAUUUGAUUUCUCCACGCUCGUCGCGUCCAGCGUCACCGGCUGGUGCGCCAUCGUUUCCUUCGUCCUCAGUUCUCUCGCUGGGGCAGUUUAUUUGCUUUAUCUGAUAGAAAGAGUGAAGAAGUGCUUGGAUUUCUCAGCUACCCUCUAUAUCAUCCAUCUCUUUAUAUGCAUCGUUUAUGGAGGUUGGCCGUCUUCGAUUACUUGGUGGGUUGUCAAUAUCCUUGGUUUGGCAUUGAUGUUUUUUCUUGGUGGAUGGUUGUGCAUGCGACGCGAGUCACGAGAAAUUCCCAUCACACGACUACGUUCAAGUUUGUUGGGGGCAGAUGCUUGACAAAGUUAAGAAGAUCGCGUAUGAGAAUCCAAAUACAUAUAUACCAGAUUUCUUCGAAAUCAGAGUAAUUGCUACUCCCCACAAGAGUCUGAUGACUGGAUCUGUUUUCUCUUGCACUUCUGUUGUGUCGAUCAAUCAUGGAAGAAAGUGACCCAAAUAAGUGACGAGAAAAAUACAUUGAAGACUUUUGGAUUGAGAUAUUGUAGUUAACAUUCAACAAAGUAACAUCUGUUGAGGACAUGUAUAUUGCACGUCAGUUCUCUGCAUUGACUGAAAUCUUUUUAAAUUUGAUUGAGACCGAUUCUGAAA